CCCGGGAAAGGAAGGAGUAUGGCGGCUGUGUUGGUGUUCUCAUCCCCUUUCCCCAAACUCCGUCGUCUUCUCCAAACCUGUUGGGGACAACUUGGCGGCCACGCGGGGCCAUGGGCUCCUGCUUUAGUAAUACCAGCUCCAGAUUCUUUAUUCAAUCCUGUGGAAGAGAAAACCGAGUAUUUUGAAAACCCCAGCUUUUUAGACAGCAUACUUUGGAUGCCAGCUCCAAAGUCCAGGCGGACAAUUGAAGUUAAUCGUUGCAGACGAAGGAAUUCUGGCCAUCUUAUAAAAAUAAAGAGAAACAUAGAUAUUUGUCCUGAAUGUGGCAACCUGAAAGAGAAGCAUGUUCUUUGUGGCUAUUGUUAUGAAAAGGUUAAACUGGAAACCUAUGCCAUAAAAAAUCAAAUUAGAUUAUUGGAAAAUGGACCACAUAAGGCUCCCACUGUAGAAAGUGUUGUGCUCUAUACAGGAGAAAAACCCAGAAAUGAAGAUGAAGACAAGCGAAUUAUCGAAAGAAACAGGAAACGUCCAUCUUGGUUCACACUGGACUAAACAGACAUUGCAAUGGAAUGAUUGAUUCCCUUAUACAAAUCCUACUUUGGAUAAUAUACAUCCAGAAGAUUGCACUGUACUUUAUGGGGAAUUGGCUGUUAACUAGUGAUAACAUAACCUUAUAGUAACAUUUGGUAAAUAACUUGUCGUUUGCAGAAGUAACGUGUAACUGCAUACAAAGAUGUAUUGUAUGUUAUUUCAAUAUGAAUUUAAAAUGCGUUUGCAAUUAAAGCAUAUUCAAUUUCAUGA